ACUGGACAGUCACGGGAUUUUUUGAUAGAAAAAAGUUGGAUGUGUUCCCUGGCUGGGAUAGCUUUUCUGUCUAAUCUGGAGCUUCCUUUGCUAAAAUUCUCAAAUGUGGCAUCGGUUGUCUACCUUUAAUUACGCAAACAACAGAUCCGAAAGACAUUUUAUGAUUAUUAUUACGAGAAACUAAAGGAAAAGAAGCCCUGUUCUUCAUGGAUACAGGAUCUAUAUCGCUGAAGGUUGAGAGACUGGCUUCUUGACCACCAAGGCAUUCAUGGCUUUUUCUGUGCCUUCAGCAUCGGCUUUUUCCUUGCCGCUUCCGCCCUGGCAACAACCUCCUACCGUGCGCGUAGCUCAAUAUGAGCGUAAGAAGCGCAAGAGGCAUUUCGAUGAUUGGGGAAAUGAGACCGAAGAUGCUGGUGGCGAAACAACUGAUGCCGCCUCAGAUUUUACCCCAGUGACAUCGUCCUUGAUUCUAUCGCCCAAUGAGGCCCAUCAAUAUCGCAUCGCAGGUCUCCCUUUUGACCAAGAGCUUCCAGGUGGGCAUUUUCCACAUGCAGCACCAAAAGACUCAUCAAAUCGUCGGGAAACCAAAGGUGAUAUACUGAAGGGCUUGUCGAAAUUGUCGCCUCCCAUCUAUCCGCCACAGUCCGCUGCUCAUCAGGGGAAUCUUCGGUUGCAGCAUUUUGCCGUGCUCUCGGCCAUUCUCCACCGUUGCCUUCUCCAACGAGAUUAUCUACGUGCGGGAAGGGCUUGGGCUCUGAUUCUCCGUGAAGAAUACGGAGGUAAUCCCGUUGAUAUACGCAAUGAAGGGAGGUGGGGUAUCGGCGCUGAGAUCCUACUUCGGCGGGGACGACAGUUAUCAGAUCUUACGUCUUCAUCUGAAACAGUGGAUGAUGAGUCUUUGAAACCGAAGAACGCUUCCGGGCUUUGUUUUACGAGGAAAGGGUUUGAGGAUGCGAAGCAGUAUUACGAGAGGCUCAUUAUUCAAUACCCGUUUCGAAAAGUCGCACCGGACGCAACAAGCGCCUUACAUUUCUACCCCGCCAUUUUUGGACUUUGGAUAUACGUUGUCCAAGAGGAGAGCAAUGCCGCUCGAGAUGUGGUGCAACAGAGUUUUGCUGAGAACUCGUCUGAUGAAUUGUCAGAUGAUGAAGACUGGUUCAAGACUCAUCACAGCUCCGUCAAAAGGAAGCAGAAAAUGGCUGCAGAGAUACGAGCAAAGGAACUGGAACAAGCACAGCAGAUUGCAGCUCGUAUGGAUGAGAUCAUUGUGUCACCUCCAUACUCGGAUUCCCCCGAACUACUGGAACUUAGGGGUAUGGUUUCGCUGUGGAUUGCGGAUCUUUUUGUCUUGAGUGUACCGCAACCAGAAGAUGACCAUUAUAACUUUAGUGAUGUCGACACUAUAUCCUCUGAUGACUUUACAGGGUCCAUCCAAGAGAGACGAGAACAGAGGCUUGCUAUGGAAAAGAGACAGGCGGAGAUUCUGAAAUCGGUAGGGUACUUCGAGAAAGAAAAACAUCGCGGUAGGGGGGUUUCUCAUACCCUUGAAAACCUUCAUAUCGACGAUGGAAUCUCUUACACUUGAGUUAUCAGAGAAUGGAAAUCUUUCAAGUUUGGUAACUUUGCCGUGCAGUCGACAGCUACAUGUGUUACCGAGUUCAGUGAUUCAUGCGAGCGCAGAUACCUACUAUGUACUGCUACAUAAUCAACUCGCUCCAAGUAUAUAAAUAUCCAUUGUGCUCCGUAGAGCAUUUAGCAUGGCCCAACUUCACGACAUUCAUUUCUUGCAUAUUUACCACAUUAUCUUCCCAUAACAUGUCUAUCAACCGUGGUGUCUACAUUGAUUCCGCCCACAGCCUC